GCGUAGAGAGACGCACUGAUCGCGUUGGUUGUGAUAUGUCUCUGCUCAACUCGUCAAGGGCGGGUGCUUUGAUGGUGGUCAUUGCCGGCGCUUGUCUCGUGCGCCUGGAGUCUCCUUUUGAUCCUGUGGUGUGGAAACAUCCGACAGACCUUCCCGUACUGGAGGGCGCACUGUCGCCCAACGAGCGCUUGCUUGCGACGGAGCACCUGCACGAGGGCCAAGUGAUAGCCCCCGAGGCGUUUGCGGAAGGUGACGAUGGCUCCCUGUACACCGGAACAUGGGACGGGAGGGUCUACCGGAUGGACCCCGACGGGACAAAUCCCACGGUAGUCUUCUUCACGGGAGGCGUCGUCUCCGCGGCGGGGAGAGCCGUCGGUUCGACCACGGGGAUCGAUUACGGCACCAGCCUCAUGAACGAGUGCCACGAGAAGGCGAAGGCGAGAAGCCUUACCGCGGAGGAAGAGAAGAGGUGCGGCCGCCCGCUGGGCGUCAAGUGGCGGAACGGCAAGCUCUACAUCCUCGACGCCUACCACGGACUCUUCGAGCUCGAAUUUGCAAAGGGAGGAACAAGGGCCAAGCACUUGAUCAACUCUUUGACGGAUGUCCCGGUCCCGUUCGGGGGUGAACCUGGCGGGGGCGUGUCGGCAGCGGAGGAAACCACGCGCCCCGUUUUGUUCUUCAACGACUUCGACUUCACGGCAGAAGGGAUCGUUUUCCUGUCCGACAGCAGCUGGAAGUACCCACGCGCCCACAACCGAAGAGACAUCGUCGACGGAGCCCCAAACGGCCGGCUCCUGCGGUUCGACCCCGGCUCGGGGGACCUUCACACGGUCAUGUGCGGGUUGCAUUUCCCCAACGGAGUGGAGCUUCACCCGUCUGGGAAAAAGUUGCUCGUGGUAGAGUCGAUGCGAUUCCGGGUGCUGGAGGUUGAUCUGGCUCAUGUUCUCCAGGGCCAGGCAUCUUCGGAGAACUCCCACAGAGAAGAGAAGACGCCUGCCGCGUCGCUCGUCGAUGCCCUGGGGUCUUGCGGAGAGGAGGAGGCCUUGCCCGAUGGGGUGCGGGUUUUCGCGGAGGCGUUGCCAGGCUUCGUGGACAACCUGGUGUUUGACGAGACCAGAGGCGGGUACGUUGCCGGCGCGGGCACCAAGGUAGCCGCGCCGUUCUCCGCCCUGCACCUGGCCCUGAAGAAACCCGCAAUUUUCAGAACAAUAAUCGGCAAGCUUGUGCCAAUGGGGGUCAUCGAGAACUUGGUUCCAAGCUACGGCCUGGUGUUCGUCCUCGGCUUGGAUGGCACGGUGAAGGAGAGCAUGCACGACGCGACGGGUCGGACGGCGUUCGUCAGCGCCGCGUACCGGAGCUCCAAGAGCGGUUACACGUUCCUCGGAUCGAGCCAAAACAACUAUCUGGGGCGGGUCCGGUUGUGAUGUUUUGUCUCGUUCCCGAAGCCGCCGCCGCCGCCGCCGCUUCUCGGGUGUGCGCAUGAUACUUGGCCCUUCACCUCUCUCUCUGCUCUCUUAAGCCCUUGGACUUGUCACACAGUUAUUUGCGUAGCCGUUUUCUUGAAAAGUUAUCUGUUGAAUCAAAAUGCAUUCGACGAAUGUCUUGUGGUCGUUUCUGUCCCCCCCGUCAAGGUUUUGUGACUGGAGGAAGAUUAGUUAACUGGUCUGGUGCCGUCGUUGUCGCAUCAACUCUGUAAGCCGGUGCGGGUAGGGUUGGAGAUCAUUGCGCGUGGUUUAUUUUUUUAGUCUUUGUGAAGGGUUCACGCGACCUGCAUCCGUUCGACGCGAUGUAUUGAUAGGCCAAGCACCCCUGUGUAAAAGUAGCAGUUGGGGUAGGAGCAUCUGUAUGUAGUGUUCGUGCCCAAGAAGAAGCGUACGGGAAUUUGCAUGUGUUCGAUGCGCGAGCGGGUAGAGCAAAGCGGAUCUAUCCCGCGUAUGUAUUCCUCGGGAGUACAUCGAGAAGCAAGAGAAUGUUUUGCCCAGCCGCGAUGAUACCCAUAGAACAGGGGCAUCGUGCAGCAGCAACAGCACAGACCGUGUGUGUACUACGAAUCUACGACGUGAAAUAAACCAGGUUGUCAUCAAUGGAGCUUUGAGAAAUGAUUGCGAAGCCAGGUGUGGUGUGAAUGUUGACACAUGAAUCGUAUUGGUGCGCACAAUGAAGUACUACGCUUUCCCCUACUAUUCUCCGUCCAGUACGUCGAACGCUUCAUACCGCCCCUUGGCUCGUUCAUCAUUCAUUCAUGUUUUGCUUCACCCAUUUUUGCCUGUCUGUGGAGAGUUUGUUCGCGUGAACACACGCCCCGGU